AACGAGAUGAUAAAACGUAAACAUCCUAGAUUGUAUAAAUACUGAUAAAACUGAAAUGUGGACAUCAGAUACUCAGGAUUCACUGUUGUAGUCACUACUAUCUCAAUACAAACCUACAAAAAUGAUGAAGCUGGCAGUAUUCCUGGCGCUGGUGGCGGCGGCGGCGGCGGGCGACGCGAGCAGCUUCUCGUACGGCGUGGCGGACCCGCUCACCGGGGACUUCAAGAGCCAGGUGGAGAGCCGCGCCGGGGACCAGGUGACCGGCCAGUACUCGCUGCUGGAGGCCGACGGCUCCCGGCGCACCGUGGACUACGCGGCCGGCGCUGAGGGCUUCAACGCCGUCGUGAGGAAGGACCCGGCCGUCGUCGCCGCCGCGCCCGCCGCCUACGCUUACCCCGCCGCGCCCUACGCUUACCCCGCCGGCUUCCCGUACGCCUACUCCGGAGCGUACCCCUACGCCUACUCUGCAGCGUACCCCUAUGCCUACUCCGGAGCGUUCCCCUACACUGCUGCGCCUUACUACGGAUACUCCGCUGCUCCUUUCGUCCGUUUCGCAGUACUCGCCCUCCUGGCCGUCGCCGCCCACGGCAGCGCGGUGCACGGCGGCAACUACAACAGCUUCUCGUACGGAGUGCACGACCCGCACACCGGCGACGUGAAGAGCCAGCACGAGACCCGGCACGGGGACAGCGUGGUCGGCCAGUACUCGCUGCUGGAGGCCGACGGCUCGCGCCGCACCGUCGACUACGCCGCUGACGCGCACUCCGGCUUCAACGCCGUCGUGCGCAAGGACCCCGCCCUGGUCGCGCACACUCCCGUCGUGGCCCACGCCGCGCCUGCCGUCUACAGCGCUCACGCCGCUCCUCUGUCGUACGCUGCCGUCUCACCCCUGACUUACGGAGCUCACGCCGCGCCCCUCGCCUACGCGUCGCACGCUGCUCCCCUCGCCUACGCAUCUCACGCUGCUCCCCUCGCCUACGCGUCUCACGCUGCUCCCCUUGCCUACGCGUCCCACGCUGCUCCCCUCGCCUACGGAGCGUACGCCGCCCCUGCCGCCUACGGCGCUCACUUGGGAUACUCCAAACUGUACUAAGCCAUGAUGUUAAAAAGAUGUGUGCUGUGAUAAUAAAACUGUAAAUAUAAACGAGAAA